GAGCGCGUUCGAGUUAGUUUUGUUGAGAAAAUGGCAGGCAAAAACACAAGUGGAAUUGAUACUAGAGGAGAAUUAGCAGAGUUAGUGAAGAGAAAGCAGGAGAUAGCGGAUACUUUAGCAAACCUUGAAAGACAAAUUUAUGCCUUCGAGGGAAGUUACCUAGAAGAUACUCAGCUGUAUGGAAACAUCAUCAGGGGAUGGGACCGUUAUAUUGCCAACAAUAAAAACACCAACAGUAAAGCUGACAAAAGAAAUCGCAAAUUCAAAGAAGCAGAGCGUCUGUUUUCUAAAUCAUCAAUUACGUCGAUGGCUGCUGUAAGUGGACUUGUUGAUCAGUCUCAAGAGAAGUCGGAUCGCAACAGUGAGACAGAAUCACAUACAGGAAACAGUGGAAGUGAAGAUAAUGUAUUGGUCCGCAAAGAGGCUGGAAAGAACACUACACUCGGGUCAUCUCAUACAAAUGGAUUAGGUAGGAGCUCAACUCCUGGUGUAAAUGGGUCUGUAAUGUUGGACCGUCCAGGAUCCCCUCUUGGGAAAGAUCCUAAAGGUGCACGCUCAACUGGAGUGAAGAAGAAUUCAAACAAAAAAGCAAGAUAUCGUUAAUUUUUUUUUAAAGAUAUAUUUUGUACAAUAUGAACUUUACUUUACCUGUUUUUCAUAAAUGAAAUGUCUGGAUGGUUUACUUUCCUUGCUGUAUAAAGCUUUGCUGUACAUUUUAUUGUUUUGUCCCCAUCAUUGAGUUUAAUCAUCAAUUCCUGUAAAAUCAUUUCUUUUUAUUGCUUUGUGAUGAAAGCAAGCAGCUUCCAGAGUCUUUUGCCUUGAAAAAAGUGUUUGUAUCAAGCCAAUUUUAGAUAAAUUUCUUUUUACUGCUUGGAAGUCAUUUUAAAAAUUCUGAGUUGUAUUUACCUGUCUGUAUUUAUUGUUGGUUCUCUGUUUGUAUCAGGAAUCUGAGUUGAUCUCUCCCCAUUUUUGUUUAUUUCUAACGCUUUUUCUCAGUUUUCUUUUAGUGUGUAAAUAAAGUGUGUGUACAUAUGUAUAGUGUUAUUAUGGUUAGUAAAAUGGUUCUUGAACAAUUAGGACUUUAAAAAUGUAUACCUUCAGUACAAAAUAUUUCAAGUUCUAAUUUACAAAAUAACUGUUAUUGGAUGAAGUCAAUAAAUUAAAAAUUAAACCUGCA